AUGCUCACCCUGUCCUCACCCUCCCACUCCCAGGCACGCAGCGACAUUCUGCAGAGCACCCACGGGCGUGGCACUCCUGGCUGCAAGAAAAUAAAGGCGCUGCUGUCACCUGCCUCUGUUCCCAAGAGCCCCAGCUGCUCCUCCUUUCACGAGUCAAUCAUUGGCACUCUGGAAUGCCAGCUCCAGAACUCUGGGGCCGCCCCUGGAAGUGGCGGGGCGGAGGGACCCGAGGAGAGACGCGCCGCAGCGAUGCAGGCGAGCGGCCCGGGCCUCCGGGAGGCCGGCAUGGAGGGCGCGGUGGGUGACCCGUACCGGCGACCCGCGCGGCGCACCCAGUGGCUGCUGAGCGCCCUAGCGCACCACUACGGGCUGGACCGCGGCGUGGAGAACGAGAUCGUGGUGCUGGCCACCGGCCUGGACCAGUACCUGCAAGAGGUCUUCCAUCACCUGGACUGCCGCGGCGCCGGCCGCCUGCCCCGCGCUGACUUCCGCGCUCUCUGCGCCGUGCUGGGGCUGCGCGCCGAGGGGGCCGCCGCCGGGGAGGCCUCCGGGGAUGCGGCCGCCCGAGACACGAAUCCGGGGGAUGCGACCGCCGGGGACGCGGCCGCUGGGGUGGCCACCGACAGGGACACGGAUGCCGAAGAGGAGGCGCGCCUGGCGCUGCGCGCGGAGCCGCCCGAGCUCACCUUCCGCCAGUUCCACGCGCGCCUCUGCGGCUACUUCGGCACCCGCGCGGGGCCCCGGCUGCCCCGCGGCGCUCUCAGCGAGCACAUCGAGACGCAGAUCCGCCUGCGCCGCCCGCGCCGCCGCCGCCGCCCGCCCCGCACGUCCGCCCCGGACGGCGGCCCCGAGGGCGGCCGGGACGGCGAGCGCCUGGCGCGGUUGGAGGAGGAGAACAGCAGCCUGCGCGAGCUGGUGGAGGACCUGCGUGCCGCGCUGCAGAGCAGUGACGCGCGCUGUCUAGCGCUGCAGGUCGGCCUCUGGAAGAGCCAGGCGGGCGCGCAGGAGUCGGGACGCGACGGGCCCGAGGCGGCGGCGCGGGAGCUGCGGCAGGCGCGGGGCGCUCUGGCGGUAGCCGAGGCCCGCGCGGGGCGGCUGCGCCAGGGCCAGGCCGAGGUGCGGCGGCGCGCCGAGGAGGCCCGGGAGACGGUGCUGCGCAGCCUGGGCCGCGUGCGCGAGCUCGAGGCGCUGGCGCGACAGGUGCCCGGCCUGCAGCGCUGGGUGCGGCGGCUGGAGGGCGAGCUGCGGCGCUACAGGUCAGAGGGCACCCAGCCCCCAAUCUCGUCACAAGCCAGCCCAGAGCCAGAAGCCAAGAGUGGUGACCCUGCGGACAGUGGGACCAGAAGCCCAGACAGCCCUCCAGAGGGCGCCUGGCAGUCAGACAGCGGUUCCAGGAGCGGACCCCUGGACGAAGUGGACGGGCAGCUGUUCCGCUCAGUGGAGGGCCAGGCCGCCUCCGAUGAAGAAGAGGAGGGUGAGGAGAAGUGGCAGGAAGAGCAGAGGUCACUGGCAGAGGUCAAGACGUUGCUGGCAAGCCUCUCCAGCUGCAGAAGUGGGUGUGAUGACCAGACAGCCAAGACGCUCAUGACUUACUUCAGCCACUUUGGCAGUGGUGACCAUGCCUGCACCCUGGGACAGCUGGAGGCCCACAUCGCCAUGCUGGUGGAGCAGCUGGGGACCCACGGCUGCCGUAGGAAGGCCCUGGGAACACCUGGGGAGGAGGCAGAGCUACAGCAGAAGGUGGAAGAGAAUGAGCACCUGAGGCUGGAGCUGCAGAUGGUGGAGACAGAGAGGGUGCGGCUGUCCCUGCUGGAGGAGAAGCUGGUAGACGUGCUGCAGCUCCUGCAGAGGCUCCGGGACCUGAACAUAUCGAAAAGAGCCCUGGGGAAGAUUUUGCUGAACACACUGGAUGCUUGCAAGGACCCCACACACGAGGGGAUAUCUGGACCCUCGGCCAUCCUGGAUGCCCUGCACCAAGCUUUGGCUGGCUGUGAACUCCUGCGGAGAGAGCUCUCUGCACCAGCCUCCACAGCUCCUGCACUCACCAACCCCCUCCUCAUCCCCUGCUGA